AUGGAUGAUAGAACAGGAGGUAAUGAUGGCAUGGUAGAUACUGAUACAGGAGUCACUAAUGGAAGAUUAUGUAAUAGCACAGGAGUCACUGAUGGUGAUGUAGACAGUGAAACAGCAAGUAAUGAUAGUGCUGUAGGUAACAGCACAGGUAUCACCGAAGGUCAUGACAUGUGUAAGGAUAGUAGACAGACAGUACUGGCAUCUGUACAAGAAUUACACUCCACCGUCAUCAUUACAGAGCCUGCAGACAACAAUAGGGAUCUCACCAAUCAUAAAACCUCAUCAUCUUGCAACAUUUGCCAUCAAGGCAGUAGUAUAGGGAUCUCUUUGGAAAUCUUACCAGACCCACAUCAACGCGAGGAAACUACUACUGAAACUUCUGUUACCAAUGAUGCAUUACUACUGUACAAAUCAGAACAACAAGCACAUUCACAUCACAGUGAACAGAUCUCAUUGAUUCCUUCUUUGGAACAUUCGGCAGCCUGCGAAGAGCAGAAAGUCCCAGAGGCAGAAUCUUGUGAAGAUCUGUCUCUCAGUGAGGUGUCAAUGUACAGUAAUCUUGCAACAGAUGAACCAGGUGACUUGAAAUGUAAAAAUCAAACUAAACAAGCGUUCCAGUGGAAUUCAGUGUAUGAAUCAGCAAUGAACAAGUCAUUGACAGAUCAGUCAUCAGAUUCUACAGUUGAUGGUCUGAGUGCUAUUGUACCAAUUGCUCACAGCCAUCGACCUCUACGCAUUGGUUUGUCCAGAAAACAGAAAGUCAAGCGUCUUCACAACAAGCAAUGA